UUUCGCACUUUUGCUCGGAAGUUACGAUUGUUUUAUAAUGGCGCUGAUGGAUUAUAAUGAGCGUCAAUAUUUUUCUAUUGUGUUUUCAAAUAGCUAUGGAUGCAGCAACUGACUGUCAAAGUGGCACAGUAAUUACUGAGCUUGAAAAUUGCAAAUCAUAUAUCUAACUCCAAUUAAUUUUAAUUUUAAAAAUUAUUUUAAAAAAUGAUGAUAAAUGUUUCUUUUUUUUCAAGCCUUUACUUUUCAGUGUAGGCUACUAUCGCAACUUAUUUACGAAACAUUCCUAAAAGUAUUUGCCCAUAGUCAGCAAACGCGGUUCAGCUACGUGUACGCAUCGAUGCACAAAAUCAGUUACAAAAAUCAGUUUCGUGCCUGUCGGAGUCGGAAAUGAACGUCCGUAGCUUGUCAAGCAAAAUCAACUGUAUGAUUUACUAAAAUAUUUUAACAAAUUUGUCAUGAAAAUAUUACAUAAGUGAACAGUAUAAUUUUCCGAAAGAUACAAGUCAGUUUGGGGAAAUCAAUUGCAAUUAGUUCAGUUUGCAUUAUUGCAGACUAUAAUGCACGAUCGAUGAAUGUUGGAAAUUCUAAUCGUCAUGAAUAAAGGAUGUGAAACGACAGUGAUGCAUUUUUAAGAAGAUUAGAUUUUGAUCAGUUGUAUUUGAAACUAGGUGAACCUAUUUCAUAAAAACUUAAUGAAUUCUCUCACUCUAACACUUAACACGGUGAUAGUAUAAUAAUUUACUGUGAUCAUUAUUGUCACUAGUAAUAUGGCUCGAUCGCUUCUUAUGUUCUCGAGUGUUCUCGCUCUCAUAGUAUUCGCCACAGCAUACAGACGAAGCGGUUUAGUUUAUCGCAAUCUCUAUGGUUUUGUGGAAGACCAGACACCCGUGAGAGAAGCGCUCCAGAGAUUGGCUGCCGGGGCGAGAAGUUUUUUGCAAGAAGGUGAAAAUUUUCUGUCUAGUCAAUUGAAAGAUAGUACGCCUCGGUACAAUCAAGAGUACGAUUUCGUCGUCAUCGGGGCUGGCACUGCUGGCGCAACUGUUGCCGGGAGGCUGAGUGAAAUGGAAGAUCAAACGAUCUUACUCAUCGAGGCUGGUCCAAAUGAGAAUCUUCUUAUGGAUAUACCAUUGAUUGUGAAUUAUCUGCAGUUCAGUAACGACCUUAACUGGAAGUACCAGACCGAGACGUCCAAGACUUAUUGCCAAGGAAUGACCAAUCGAAAAUGCAACUGGCCAAGGGGCAAAGUGAUGGGUGGAAGUAGUGUGCUGAAUUACAUGAUAGCUACAAGAGGAAAUCCCCUGGAUUACGACGCUUGGGCUGAAAUGGGCAAUGAAGGAUGGUCCUACGAUGAGUUGCUGCCGUACUUCAAAAAAUUGGAAGACAUCGGGAUCAAUGAACUCAAGUAUGACAGAGAGUUGCACAACGUCGACGGGCCGGUUCACAUUACAUACCCGCCAUACCACACUCCGUUGGCCGAAAGUUUUCUCGAAGCCGGACUUGAAAUGGGAUACCCGAUUAUUGAUUACAAUGCGAAUCAGGAUAUUGGAUUUUCGUACAUACAGGCAACGUUAAAAAAUGGAACAAGGGUGAGUACAAACAGAGCAUAUUUGUACCCCGCAAACAGAAGAAAAAAUCUGUUCGUCACGAGGCUUAGUCACGUUAAUAAAAUACUGAUAGAUCCUGUGACCAAAAGAGCAUAUGGCGUCGAUUACACGAAACUGGGUAUGAACUUGCGCGUGCGAGCCAGGAAAGAAAUUAUCCUCUGUGCUGGAUCAAUCGGCUCUGCGCAAAUUCUGAUGCUGUCUGGGGUCGGGCCAGCUGAUCACUUGAACGAGAUGAAAAUCAAUAUAAUUCAAGAUGCGCCGGUCGGAGAAAAUCUAAUGGAUCAUAUAGCUUACGGUGGCUUAGUAUUUUUGGUCGACCAACCCGUCAGCAUAACUUCAGCUGUGACGGAUCCCAUAAAACCAUAUUUACGGGAUUUCUUGAAUACACGCCUAGGGCCAUACACAAUUCCAGGUGGAUGCGAAGCAUUAGCUUUCCUCGAUGUCGACAAUUCAGAAUCUUUGCACGGCUUUCCAAAUAUGGAAUUAUUAUUCAUUGCUGCCUCGUUGGUGUCCGAUACGUCGUUUCACAACAACGUAGGUAUAUCGCACGAAUAUUGGACAAAGAUGUUUGCUAGAGUAGCAGGUCACCAUUCGUGGACUAUAUUCCCAAUGUUAAUGCGACCCAACAGCAGGGGUCGAAUUCUUCUGAGAAAUAAAGAUCCCCACUCCAAACCAAAAAUUUUUGCAAAUUAUUUAGAUGACCCAGAAGAUGUAAGGAUCAUGAUCAAGGGAAUACGAGCAGCGAUUGAAGUUAGCCGGACGAAAUCCAUGCGACGUUUCAACUCACAAUUUUACGAUUUUAUAGUACCAGGUUGCGAAGAUUACGAGUAUGACUCGGAUGAAUAUUGGGAAUGCGCGUUGAGGACUUUUACAUUUACAAUCUAUCAUCAUUCGGGAACAUGCAAAAUGGCACCAGAGAAUGAUCCAACUGGCGUAGUUAAUCCGAGGUUACAGGUUAAGGGAAUUCAAGGUCUUCGAGUAGCUGAUGCUUCAAUAAUGCCUAUGAUCAUGACUGGGCAUACCAAUGUUCCUGUAAUAAUGAUUGGUGAAAAACUUGCUGAUAUGGUGAAAGAAGACUGGGGCUAUAACACAGAAAUUCUAUAUUAAUCAGUAUAAUAUCACCAAAAUUUUAAAUGAGCACUUUAGAAAACGUAGACUUUAGAUCACGAGCAUGUAUAUAAUUAUGAUCAAGGAUCAUAUAGUACAAUACGAAUUAUUGUAAUUUGUAAGUUUACAGAAUUAAGGUCAUCACUAUUUUGACAAUCGUACAUCAUACUGCAUAACUUUAUUGUUAAACAUUCUCAUUUACUUCAAAUUAUGUAAAAGAAAUUUUUAAACCUUCAUUUACUUCACUAUAGUCGAUAAUAUCAUAUAUUAUAUAGUUUCAUGUAUAUUCAAAAUAAUAUAAUAGCUUUAGUUUGAUUAAACACUUUUACUACAGUGCAAAGCGUUAGUGUUGCAAUUACACACACACACACACACACACACACACACACACACACACACAUAUAUAUAUAUAUAUAUA